GUACUCUGUGAACUGAGCAAGGAAGUUGAGAACUUCGAGAACUUGCGUCCAAUUCAUCCAAUCUUUAUUAGUAAGAUUAGAGGUGUGACAUUGAAUUUUUGAGAUGUGUGAAUAUAUAUUGUGUAGUGUUUGCCUAUGAAUGUGGCAAGGUUGAUAGCGAUUAUAAAGUAGAGUGCUUAUAUUUUACUAUUGAAAACAUAUUAAAAACAAGGUAAUUAUUACGUACUUUCAUUGCCAAUCAUACAGAGUUGGCCGUAUUGGAAUAUGAAGAAGACGGUUGUAAGAUGAAGUACGUGGGGCAAGGCUGGAGUAUUUUUAUGAAUUUGGCCGUUAGGAACAAAAUCCACUUCUAUUUAGUGGUAUUCACAUGAUGCUGUUGCAGAAACCCCACAUGAGACAUGAAUGCAGCUGAUGGCAUGAAUGGGGAGGCUAGUGCCAGUAAUGUGGAGCAGAAUAGAGAGAGUGUAAGUAAUAGUCCCAAACACAAUGACUGUGGAAAACACUGUAACCUGGCAGUUGGUGGUGCACGACCAAAAGUGAAGAAUUUAAUGUGUAACAUUCCUAAUGGUAUUAGCCCCCAUCUGACAGAGGAUGCUGCUAAAGUGAAUAACAAUGUGUUGCCACCAGACAAUUUGGAAUCAGAAGUGAAUGAUUCAAAUGCUUCAUGUUCAGGGAUAAGCAUACUGCAGAAUGGGUUGAACUUGAAUUGUGCUAAUCAUGUGGAAGAAACAAAUGGCAUAGAUUCAUAUUUGCAUAACAAUGUAAACUAUCACGCAGCAGUGGAUAAGUGCCCAUUGAAGGUGAGAAACUGCUCAAACAAGGACAAUUUAGAUCUGUUGACCAAAUCUAACGGCUGUUAUCGCCCCGAAUUACAACAUGGUGGUAUUACCAGAAGGUGGGAUGACUUAGACGAUAACUCCAGUGACACUGGGAAUGAGGGGGAAGAUGGUCUGUCUGCAGAUGAGUGUUGCAUCUACACAUACAAGGGAGAUCAGAUGGCUGAUCUCCCAAGUUCUUUUUUUACUCUUGAUGUGUUAGCGCGGGGUGGGGACCAGGGCCCAGGUGGAGAGGGUGCUAGGAAGGAAGAUGGUGAUAUUGAGGGUAGGGGUGGUGAUAGAAAUGGUGGGGGUUCUUCACCAGAGAUGGAUUUUCUGGAGAUGGAUUUCGAUCCAGGCCCUUCAUGUGAGCAGGACUCGGAAGAGGAGUCGGACUGCUGUGAUAUUCAGGAUGAGGAGGUGGCAGGAGUGUACCCUGGACAUGGCUUUGAACCAAAUCUGGAGGUGGACUGUGUGGCAGAUAGCCAUGGUCAUAAUGACCUCAGUGCCGCCUCACAAGAUAAUGACCUCAGGAAUGUGUCUGCCUCUGCACUUAGUGCCAUUAAUACCUCAGAAGAACCGCCUGCUGCUCAGUCACCCUCCCCACAACCAACAUGGGCGUUACCUCACAGUCGAAGUAGUGAUGCAAAUCUUGGAGCAGGGACAGCGUCCACAAAUGUUCAUCGCCCUGCUGGGUGCUGGCCAGCUCGUGACUCAUGGGGUCAUCACUGUACCAGUGGUGAUCUAUGUUCACCAGGUGAAGCUACUGACCUGGAAUGUGAGACAUAUGGUGACACUCUGGUGAUGUGGAAAGCUGGCAACCUUAGGGUGCAGAACGAAGGGGGGAUGGUGGAUACGCGGAAGUACAAUCUGAACUCUGCGUUGUACCAUUGCAUUAUGGCCAAGAGACUGGUCCUCGAGAAACAGACAUCCUUCUCCUCUGAUGGCGAUGAGUCCAAUGUGGAGGGACAGCUUGAUGGCAGUCCAGAGCAAGUGCGGCUUUCACAAAAGAGGACCAUGAUCUGGUCAGAGCAAGAAGCAUGUGUGAAGCAAGUGACCCAGAUCUCCACAUCAGCGUGUGGGGCCACAGCUGCUAUUAAUGUUCUGUUAGCAUGCAACAUCCCUUUCUCCCUGGAUCGAGUGAAAGAUGGUGUAAACACUCGGUUAAGAGCCGAGUCAGCUCCUCUACCUGAGUAUCUGUUCUCGAGAUCAGUCGCAGGUGCAUCUCAUGUUGAUAUUAUCCGUGGCCUUGAGCUAGCCUCUGAAGGGUGUUUGUAUGGUCGUUUCUUCUGUAUGUACCCUGACCGUGUUGUCUCUUUGACACGCUGGCUUUCAUAUUGGAUGAAGAAAGGUGCAGUUCCCAUAGCAACACUCAAUCUUCAGAAUGGUGUUGCACCAGGAAAUCCAGUGCCUGAUGCUUGGCAUCACCAAAUGGUAUUUGGUGUUGGUCCCCGGGGGAUCUAUCUUACAAAUCCUGUCGAAUGUGUGAGUGAAAUAGCGCUAUGGGCCCAGCUCUGUAGUCCUUCGGUGCUGAUGGUACGCCGGAAUGAUGUUGUGGCUAGGUGGAACGAGCAGACCAAUCUGCGGCCUCUCAUGACACAUCCUGACCAUCGUUGGAAGAAGAUGAAUGUGCUUGGUCAGGUGGUGAAUGUUAUAAGGGAAUCCACAUGCGCACGUGCACAGAUACAGGGUUGGGUUGUGACACAGCACGUGACUAUUCCAGCAGAAUAUAGUUCAGGCAUCACUCUUGUCAUCAGGCGAGAAUCUCCAGCCUAUGCGGAACUGCGAGACGCACCAGAAUUGCCACUCCUACAGCAGCAGCAACAAUAAUAGUGGUUGUCCUCGUCAUAGCACUUACCAGGAGCUUGAUGUAAUGAACUCUUUUGUAACUGCCCCUCCAAUCAUAUCCAUGCACUUCUUUAUGGAGUAUAAGUAAUGCCAACAUUGAAGCUAAGGGGGAGAAUCUAAGGCCUAUAUCGUUGUUCUUAUGUUCUCCCUUGGCACCAUUCUUUCUUUGCACAUUCAGGCAGUUAUGAAUUAGUUUAAUAUUUCUGUAAAUAUUGAGUUUCCAUUUACAUGAUUUUGACUUAUCGUUUGAUGUCAUGUCCAAGUGCAUUGCUUAUCUGCAAAAAUAAAAGUGUACACAGAAAACUUUGGAUAAAUUAAGUACUCUUUGUUCUCUCUGCAUAAUUAUUUUAAGUUUGUUUGAUGCCAGUUUUUGGAAUUUAUUGGAAAUGUAGCAGUUGGUUGAUAUGUUUUAUACUGUGACUCAGACUUUUUGUCUCAUGCAAGAUGGAUUCCUGUAGUGAAGUCUAGACUGCAAAUCUCAUCCUGAAAUAUAAAAUGGAAGAAGGCAGGGUAGACAAUUUAUCAGUAACGUAUAAACCCAUAGAAUGAAACCUGGUAAGUAAUUGUGAAGUUA